AUGCCAUCGGACACAGGUGGAUCUCCGGCAGGCCUCCCGCAGGAGCUUGAGGCUUCUUCGGCUGCCUCUUCCUGGGAAGUGGUUACCCCGUCUGAUAAAGGGGUUCAUAGAAACUUGGAGAGGACAGUGGCGGCUGCUUACCAGACUUUGGAGGUGGGUCCCGUAAAGCAUGUUUGGGAGGAUGACUUUUGGGGCAGCCUCUUCGCGGCUAGCCCUCCGGAUGCUUCGAAGAAUUUCUAUGGAGCCUCUUUGAAGAGGCCGCUGCAGCCUGAGCUCCCGGAGACUCAGGUUGUACCCGCGGCGGUUAAGCCUAGGCCGGCUGAGCGAGCAGACUUGAGAUUCUACGAGAUGUCAGUCGUCAGGAGAACGGCUGUUACCUGGAAGCAGGUUCGCGAAGAUCAGUUGGCCGAGGCUGUCGGUUCCUGGGCAGUUUUCAUAUCACGAUGGUCUGCGGGAGUGCAGGUCAGAGAUCAGAUUUGCAGCUUGGAUUCGGGCGAGGCUAGGCAGUCUAUGGUUGCGGAUGUUUUGGGGAACAAAGCCCCUUCCACAUUGAGGAAGAGGCUGAGGUAUGCUUUGGGUGUUGAGGAGUUGGACUUGAGCGUCAAGAGCAGGAGGAGCAGUGCUGUUAUGCACCUAUACGAGGGCUCGAUGGUCGGAUCUCAUGCACGCCGAAGGCCUAGUCAAGUCUACGACUAUGACAACUCUCAAAAUCUGGCAUAUGUUGAAUGUCCGGUUGCCUACCACAAGAAUAUGAGGAGCAGGGUCAUGCGGCACGAUCUUCUGCCAAUGAUUGCUCCGGGCCUUGGGGUGGUGGGCCCAAACUGGGCGCGCCUGUGGAAGUUGGCAAGACAGGAGCUCGGGCUUGUGGAUCCGCCGGAUUUCCCGGUGAUGCCAGCCCCAGAUAAGAGUGGGGCUCCUACUGUGAGGCCACUGGACACCGAGGAGAUGGGUCGCUGGCUGCGGUGUAUCCUUACAGGGUCCAGCGCCAAGCAGGGCGAAAAGAAAAUAUCAUCGCACAGCUGCAAGUGCACCAUGUUGAGUUAUGCCGCAAAGCGAGGCAUAAGCAUCACGGAUCGCCAGCUGCUUGGUUAUCACACAACUCCACAUCGCAUGGCUUUGACUUACUCUCGUGACUCAGCAGCUCACCCGUUGAUGAUUUUGGGUAAGCUGAUUGGGGAGAUCCGGGAGAAGAAAUUUCUCCCAGAUGAGACCAGGAGUGGACGCCUGGUAGGAGAUGCAGAUGAUGUCUCUUUUGGCUACAAGGCCCCGAUCGUAGUCAUCAAGGACGAGGAGGUGGAGGAGCCUCCCCCUCGGGAGGCAGAGCUGAGAGCCUCCCUUCCGGAGCCUCAGGACACUCAGCACGAUGAGGAAGUCGACGAGCAUGUGACCACGGGCUCGUCCUCCAGUGACUCCGCUCCUGAGGUGGCAGAGGGACGGCAGGUAGAGUCGGUAGAGGGUCUCAUGUCGACUGUCAUCGACAGCGAUGCUGCCUUCAAGCAGAGGUGCGUCGAGUCGGCAGGGGACCAGGCCUUGCACGCCAAGUUGUGUGAACAGGGCAUUAAGAAUUUCAAGACCCUGGCCUUUGCAAUAGGGUCGCCACAACAGCCUCCAACGGAGGCGCAGUUCGAUGCUUUCAGUGUGAGGGUGUACGGUACAGACCCCACAAUGGGGCAGACUGCCGUGUUGCGACACUUGCAUUCUGAAGCGACGACGUUGGUAGUGCAGACAUAUCGCGAUAUGGUCACGCAUGACCCUUCGGAUUUUUCGCAUACCAGGAAAGUCCCAGUGCCAGAGAAAAGGGCUAGGCUGGACAUGCAGCGGCGGAGGCUCUCCGGGAUGGAAAUCUCGGGAGAGCUCGAACCUUCACACCAGCUCUUGGACCUCAUAAAUCAGCAAUAUGAGUCGGGGAUCAUUACCUGGGUUCCGGCAUCGAAGUGCUCGAAGCGGGAAGCUGGCAACACUCUCAUUGAAAAUGAGAUGUAA